CCUACCUACUUAUUCUUUUUUAUAAUCGAAUCAACUAUAUAGCAUACGUAAAUUACACUCCCAAUUUGCUGAUAGCUAAAAAUAAGUUAUAGAGUUAUUACAUUUAUUGUAAUUAUACUUAUUUAGGCGAGUAUUAUAGGUACUUACGACUUACGCAUACGUAUAAACUAUUCAUCUCGAGUGUAAUAGUAAUAUUAUUUAUACAAACCGUCAGAACACCCAAUGAACCCCUAACUGGUCUUUUAAAUAAAGCAAUACUACUUUUUCUAAAAAUACAUUUUUUUAAAUUGUUUUAGUUUUCAUAUUGUCAAAAACUUUAUUUUUAAUAUAAACGUAUUCGAUCAAGAUCGAUGUCUUGAUCUAAGUUUAUGGCACUUAAGAUUUUGUUUUUAUUCAGUUUGAAUAUUUUCAAUGUAUUCUAAAUGAAACAAAAUACGUUCAAUGACGAGAAGUACAUUUAAUAUAUUAUACUGGUUUUUAUACUAGCCCGUCCACUUAUAAGCAUACGUCAUAGUAUCAACAACAACUCGUUUGGCGACUACCUCUGAUUUUUAAAUAAAAAGGAAAUAAAUAACAAUUUUUUUAAUUACGAGUUAUCCUCUGGGCUCACAAUCUGCAGUCAUUUUGCGCAGUAUUUUUUUUUUGCUACUCACAACGAUACGUAUAAUUAAGACUGACCUUCACUCUAUUUGCCCGUGAAUAUCUUUCAAGCUUGGCGAAUACCUCUGGUUUUUAACUAUAUGAAAAAACAAAAUUAAAUUUUGAGUUUAAAAGAAUUUGUGGGGCCAAAUAAGGUGAAACCCUCUGCUGGGGGCAGAAAUAACCUCCACUACAAUAAUGAAGGUAAAUACUGCCAUGUGUUUAUUAAUGGCUUGUGGAAUUUAUAUACUGUAAAUCAACAAAGUAUUUUUUUCGUAAAUUAGGUACAAUAACCAAAACAUAAUUUAAUAGUUUAAAUCAACACAUCAUUUUUACGAUGUAUAAGAAUAUCAAUGCAAUAUUCCUGUAACCGUGUGAUAAUGUAAUAAUGUGAUGAUAAAUAAUAUUAUAUGGUUCGUGAAAAACUCAAAAUUCAUCGACUGACUACUGUCGCAUAUUAAUAUUCCGCCCCUCUUUAAUACACGGACACACCUAGUAUUACAUGGAAAAAUCCAAGAAGCCAGUUUUUAUAAAAUCAAGCCAAUUACAUCAGUUCUACUACAGUUGAUGAGGAUGAGUAGGGUUGAGAUAUAAAUACGAGGAGAUAGAACAUUUUUAUUUUAGUAUUGUUUGAGACUUGUGGUAUUAAAGAUUUCAGCAUAACAUUUUACUAAUAUUUUUAAAUUAAAAUUUUUUUCUGCUAUUGACAAUAUCCAAAACCAACACUUCCGAUGACAAAUAUCGAUUGUAAGUAUUUUUAUAAAUAAUAACUAUAUCGAAAUGUUGUAAUUGGAAAAAUCUGCAAUCCAGAACUAGGUUAUAAUUGAAAAUAACUUGAAAGCUAAAAAGUAACAAGUAAUAUCGUAUUGUAUCAUUAGUUUAUUAUAUUUUAUAGUUAAUUAUGGCUAAAACCAUAUUGGUAUAAUAAAAAUUUUAAAAAUAAAUCGUAUCUUACACAUCCAUUAUAAAAUAUUCACAUAUCCUUGGCUUAAAACCUAAGUCAUACAUAUUUUCUAAUUUGAAAUAAAUUAUUUCAUAGUAUAUAGUAUCAAAUUGUUAGUUAAUUUUAAAUACUACACGAUGAGUUGUAUACAAAAAUUAGUUUCGGUUUUUAUUAUAGCAAAUUUCAUGGUAUACGGUGUAUUAUCGAUAGGCUGUGAAUUAAUUUCAAAUUUUUUAAUAGAUAAUAAAAUGUAUAUGAUGAAUGCAACAGAAUCCGUUAUAUUUAUCCCAUCGUCUAAUUUAGAACCUUAUUUAGAAACCUGGGCGAAUGUAAAAGAUGACAAUGUGUACUAUAAUUUGAUUACGUAUAAUGACGAAUACAAACUGUCUCUCUCUAACACUGAUUUGGAUAUAAGUGAUAAAAAGUUGACGAAUGCAAUUUACAAAAGUUUCGUUGACAACCAACUAUCACAAGAAAUCAUAACAGUUUUUCCAAACAGAUAUAUUAUUUUGACUGAAAAUGGCACAAGAGUAUUUUCGUUUAAAUAUAUCAAUAAUAUAAAUGUUGUAUCUAAAAAUUGUGAUAAGUUUCAACUUCAAUACAUAUCGACAAGAAUAGAAGGAUUGAUUUGCAAAAUCAAAUAUAUGGCUGGCGUAAGGUAUAAGGUUAAUUGUGGCAAAAUCGGAUUAGAAUUUAUGCCUAUCAACGAAAUAGGUGAACUUGAAGCCGAAAUACAAUGUAUAACCUAAACAUUUUCCUUACACUCAUUAUUUUAAUGAAACCAAACUAAAUAAUAUUAUAAUAUCGUGAUUUGUUCAAUGAAGUAAUUUUUAAUUGUAUUAUUCAAAACGAAUAAUUAUUUAUGACAUUCAUAAAUCACGUUACAAAUACCAACUGAAUUUCAAAAAUGUAAUAUUAUGAUGUAUCAAUGAAAUAGACAAAUAUUUGUAAGAAAUAUUAAUAUAAAUGAACCUAUAGUCUUAUAUGAAUGAAUGCUCGUAUAAUAUUAAAGAUGUUUAAAGUACAAGUUUAGUGUGCUAAGCGCAAUCGUUAUAAAAAAUGAUUAAUUUUAGACUUUAGCUCAAUAUUUUGCACAAUUUAAAUUCCAUUAUAUCUAAUAUAUAUUCAAACUUGUUCAAUAAUGUUUGCUGAAAGUUUUUCCACACCCUUGAAGAAAAACACUGUACAAACUAAAAUAUCGGAAACGACUUUCGGUAAUUUAAGAUGGACGCAUAAACGUUUUGAACACAAACUGUAUAUUCAAACAUUUUUAAAAAAAAAUUAUGUAAAAAUACGUACCUAUGUAUUUUUAGAAAACAGAUAAAAUCACACCUUGGAAGUUCCUAUUGUAUAAAAUACUAUUUAGAGGUGUAAUGAGUGCCGAAUAAAAACUUUAACUCACAUAAAAUACAAUAUGAAGUCUGUAUUGCACGAUAAACGAUUAUUCACUUAUUUUAAUUUCAUUUAUUUUUUCAAUCCUUAUCGUUCAGCAUUUAUGGUCACCAUACCUUGUUGAUUUUUGUAUGCCCUGAUAUAAUAUAGGUGAUACUCAUGAGUUAUGACUGAUUCUGACGAAUAAUUUAAACCAAAAUGUAUUGUUAGGAAAAUCCAAUUGAGACAACCGGUUUAUUGUCAAAAUAAAAAUAUUAUUAAAAUCUUGAAGUUCUGCAUCACAGCAUCAAGAUCAAGUUAAUUAAAACAUGACACGAUUGGAUAGGGUUCGUAUACAAAAACGAAUUUACAAUAUAUAUAACUAUUAGUGUUCGUAUUUUAAAGGUUUAUAUACACCGUUAUAUUAACGUCAAGCAAAAAUUCAAACUAUCCACGGUUUUUUACAAUAUCCCAUACCUACUGAAACUUUCCAACACAAAUUUGUUGUUAGUAUCUAUUAUUUAUAAUAUAUUAUGCUGUACCUCUAUAUCUGAGUGUUUGAAAUUUUCUGAUGAAAAAAAUAUUGAUAUGAUAAAAAAAAGAUUUUAUAGUACAGUAAAAUCCAAUAGCUCCUCUCAGAUUCUAAAACACAGAGUAUACUUUCAUGCCACGAUUACACAAAUAACAAUUAAAACUAACGUCCAUACAAUAUAACAAUACAAAAAGUACAUAACAAUUAACAUAAUAAUGUUUUAAACCCAAAAUAAUCAUAAUUCAUAAGUAAAGUAUAAUGUAUUUUAUCACAUGUAAAUUUGUUGCAGAAUGUACCUUAUAAUAUCGCAAUUCAGCUGGAACUCAAUUGUACACUUUUAAUGAUUUUUACCUACAUUUUGAUAUAAUAACAACGAUCUAUAGGUAAUCUAAAUAUUAUCAUAGUACCAAGGUAUAUUUAUUAAAAUAUUGUUUUCAUCACUUUUGAAUUUUUGAUACAAUUUUUUGUUUUUAAAUCACUUUAAAAAAAUGGCAUAUAAUAAUACGUAUUAGGAGUUAGCACACGUAGUAAUAGCAUUCAAAUACCAAUAAAAAAUACCUUAAGCAACCAGUUUAUUUAAAUAAUCAUUACCAUUACCUACUCAAGUUAUGAAUAUUUUAUCCCCGGCACAUCCUACAAUUUUAUAGAAAAACCCGAGAAGCCUGUUUUGAUUAGAUCGAGCCAAUUACAACCAGACACAUUCUCUGAUACUGAGUAGGAUUGGAUAUAAAUACGAGUAGAGUAGGUACAUUUUAUUUUUAGUGUUCUUAAAGACUUUGAAAAGGUGACAUAAGAGCUCGCCAAAAUUUUUACUCUUAUUAACAAAUUUAAAUUUUGAUUCUUUUUCGACACUAUCCAAAACCGAAACUCUUCUUCUGAGGACAAAAAAGUCGUUUGUAAGUAUUUUUAAUAAAAGCUUAUCGAAUUCUCUGUCAGAACUAAUAAGUAAAAAUAUAAUAUUAUUGUAUUAUUUGUUAAUCUGUAGUUUAUACACCUAAAACGGCUAAACCCUAUUAAUAUUAAACAAAUUUUAAAAUUAAUCACAUCAUUACCAAAUUAUAAUAUUGUAUACUUGGUUUAAUAAUUCAGUUGUACAUAGUUUCUAUAAUUUGAGGUACAAUUGUUAUUACAAUAAAUGAUAAAUUAAUCUCAAUUUGCAAGACAUUAUUUAAAAUACUAAUUAAUAAUGAGUUCUAUGAAUGAAUUAGUUUUGGUUUUUAUUUCAAUUAAUUUUAUUUUCACCACUGUAUCUUCAAAAGAUUGUGAUGCAAUUUCCAAUUUUUUUAUAAAAAACAAUUUAAUGUUUCUGAAUUCAACGGAAUCCGUUGUAUUUCUUCCGACAGAUUUUGAAUACCAAGUAGAAGAGUGGAAAGAUUUUGAUGGUGACCAUAAUGAAUACCAUAAUUCGAUUACGUAUAAUGACGAACUCAUGAAUUCACUCUCGGGAACUGACUUGAGUAUAAGUGAUGAAGAGUUAACUGGUGCCGCAUACAGCAGUCUCGUUAAUAACGAAAAGUUACAUGAUUUAGUUAGCGUUUUUUCGAACAGAUAUAUAGUUAGAACUGGAAGCUCCACUAGAGUAUUUACAAUUGACUAUGCCCAAUUUUAUUAUCUUGAAAAAACAAAAUGUGAUAAAUUUCAAGUGCAAUAUACGAAGUCAGUAAUAAAAGGAUUAAUUUGCAAAAUUACUUAUGUCACUGGUUUGAGGUAUACCGUAAAAUGUGGCAGUGUCGUUUUAGAAUUAUUGCCACUUGACAAAAAUGGAGAACUUGAAUAUGAAAUAAGAUGCACCUAAAACCUACAUUUAUAUAAGCUCAUAUUUUCCACAAACCAAAACUUAUAAUAGCAUAUUUUUAUUUUAUUUGUGAGACCAUUUUUAUUUAUUCAAUAAGUUCAAUAAAAAACAAAAAAAAAAAACAAAUUGUAUUUUAAAAAGCGUUAUUAAAUUAAAUUUAUUUAUUGGAUUAAUAUAUUUUCAUUUAAUUCCAUUAUGCCUACUAAAUAUUAACAAUUUUUUGUAUAUUAUUGUUAUUCAAGACUUACAUUAUCUAUCGAUACACAAACGAUAAAUAUUCAUUUAAAUUAUAAAAACACACACACAUUAUAAUGUUCUAAUAUAAACAGUGAAACCUCUAAAUACCCGAUACUCUCAGGCCUCAGCUACUGAAAUUUUUUCCCUAUUCAGAGUGUUCAGUUGGUAGAAAGUUUGUAGUUUUUUCCCCAACAAAAAGUUUUUUGUUAUUUGGAGGUGUCCGCUAUUUAGAGGUUCCGUUAAAGGAGGACUCACUGUAUUAUAUUUAUAUUGUGUGUCCUACCGGACCGAAUACACGAUCUGUUUUUAUUUUCUGUUUUACUCUAAAAGUCCUGUGCGUUUAGGUAUAUAUUUUUAGGUCAUAUUUUGUUGAAAACUGAAGGACCCCUUAAGGUGUUGAGGCACAAUAUCAAAUAAUCAAAAUGCCUUUAUAGACGCUCAAUAGGAGUCGUAAAAAACACAGAGUAUUCUUCACGCCAUGAUUAUAAUAAUAAUAGAAUAUUAACAACUAAAACAAAUUAAUAAUAAAUAUUUGUAGCUAUAGAAAGUUAAAAUUAAAACACCACUUAUAUUAGAAUUUAAACCUCCUAAAAUUUAAGAUGACUUGUGCUUAUAUGAUUAUAUUUUCGGAAUCGGUGAUAUCUUAUGUCAUUAAUGUUUAAUAAUCUUUUGAUGUGUUAAAUUUAAAACAAAUACUGGUUAUCAUCAAAUUGAUUGUAUUAAAGCCUAUAAAUAUGUAAUAAAAUAACACUAACUAAAUUUAAAUUUAAAUUGAUGUUUUAAACUAGAAAUUUUUGAUAAAUAAUAUUAAAUGCAUUGGUUUUUGUUAUCAUGUUAUUAAGUAUAGGCACGUUUUAUAUUGUACACAUUAUUCAUUAUCAUUAUACCAAAAAAAAAAAAAAUGUUCAAUAAAAAAAUAAAUAUGUAACUAUAUAGGCAACAUGUUAAAUGUAUAUUUGAUUGAACUAUCAUUAUUGUACGACUAGAGAAAACUUCACAAACUUCAACUCCAGGGUCAUCUCAAGUUCCACACUAUUUAUUCCAAGCACUUGGGACCUAAUAGAGCGUGAGCAAUGAUUAUAUUUAAAGCUAUAACUGACAUGUUUAUUAGAUGAAUAUUUGUUUCAAAUAUUAUCAACACGGAAAUCGCAUAUGUAUGAAUUAUUUAUUCUAUGAGGUACAAACACCCGCAUAAAACUAAACAACAUUUAAAUCGUAAAAUGCAUUUUAUGAAGGAAUAAAUUAAUAAACGCGUCAUAAUACGAUGGUAUUACGUAUUACUACCUACCAGCAAAACAAUUAUGUACAGCGACGAAUAAAUAGCAAUUAUGAAGAAAUACCAUUCAAAUUAACAGAACUGAUUUACCAAUUUUCUAUUACAUUAUGAUAUGAAUGAAAUAAAAUUCACAAAUAAACUGUCAGUAUAUUGAAAAUUAAAAUAUAGCUUAUACGAUAUAAGUUAUAUCACACAAUCUAUUUUGACCCACAGUGUGAACACAUAAAUUCCAGGCCAUCAAAACUUCGAACAAAACCACGCUGUUCACAUACUCUUCGUCUCUUCAUACUAAAUAUUUUUUAUAUUUUUUUUAUAUAAUAAUAUAUAUAUAUUUAAUAUUAGUAUAAAUUUAGCAUAGGUUAUAACUGAAGUGUAUUAUUGCCAUUAAAAUAUCUAAUAAAUGUUUUUGUCAUCCAUGUAAAA